AUGUCGGCUAUAUCAGACAGUGACAGUGAAACGGAGGUUGUAUCGCGCAACCUUUGCGGUGUCGUUGAUGUGGGUUCCAAUGGUAUUCGUUUCAGCAUUUCGUCAAAGGCCUCCCAUCAUGCAAGAAUAAUGCCAUGCGUCUUCAAAGAUCGAAUAAACAUCUCACUGUUCGAAGUGCAGUAUGCGGCAAACUCUCUGGAAAAGGCACCAAUCCCCGAGGAUACAAUCAAAGAAGUGAGCGCUGCCAUGAAGAGAUUCAAACUUAUAUGCGAUGACUUUGGGGUACCUGAGACGGGAGUGCGCGUAGUGGCUACAGAAGCAACUAGAGAUGCCAUCAAUUCCAGUGAAUUCAUCAACGCAGUCUUUGAAUCGACAGAGUGGGACGUGGAAUUGCUCACCAAGGAAGAAGAGGGCAAAAUCGGUGCAUAUGGAGUGAUAUCUUCGUUCAACAUCGUCUCCGGACUUUACAUGGAUCUGGGAGGUGGCAGCACACAAAUCUCAUGGAUAAGGUGCGUUGAUGGAGAAAUCAAGAUGUCGUCUACACCCGUGUCAUUGCCUUACGGCGCUGGCGCCCUAUCAAGAAGAAUGAAGCAAGAGGACAAACGAGACUUGUUUAUGGAAAUCAAAAAGGCAUACAAAGAUGCAGUUUCCAAGAUAGAUAUACCGCAAGAAAUGCUUCUGGAAGCCGAACAAAACGGAGGUUUUGACCUUUUCACAUGUGGCGGUGGCCUAAGGGGUAUGGGUCACUUGUUGCUUUCAAAAAUCAAGGAGUAUCCCAUUCAAACCAUCAUCAACGGCUUCUCGUGUUCAUUCGAGGAGUUCUCAAGUAUGGCUGACUAUCUGUUUCUGAAAGGCACUGUGCCCAAGUCCAAGAAGAUUUUCAAAGUUUCUGAGCGAAGAGCACUACAAUUACCGGCAGUAGGGUUACUAAUGAGCGCUGCAUUUGAAUCUCUACCGUCUGUUAAAACCGUUCAUUUCAGCGAAGGCGGUGUAAGAGAGGGCACUUUGUAUUCCAUCUUGCCCCGCGAUGUCAGGGCUCAGGAUCCUUUACUCGUUGCGACAAGACCUUACGCUCCUCUGCUGGCGCCCAAGUAUCUCGAACUUCUUAGAGCAGCAAUUCCGGAAAAGGAAGUACCCAGAAUUGUGUACUCGAGGAUUGCGCCUGCGCUCUGCAAUCUGGCCUUCGUACACGCUUCAUAUCCCAAGGAGUUGCAGCCCACGGCGGCGCUGCAUGUGGCAACUACAGGUAUAAUUGCAGGAUGCCACGGUCUUUCGCAUCGGGCAAGAGCUUUGAUAGGAGUUGCCCUCUGCAACCGAUGGGGAGGUGAUAUACCGGAACAAGAAAUGGAGCAUAAAAAGCUGCUACAAGAUGUCGUUCUUCGAGACGGCGACAAAGUGGAGGGCGAAAGAAUCGUGUGGUGGACGCAAUAUAUCGGCACCAUCAUGUAUGUCAUAUGCGGUGUUCACCCGGGUGGGAACAUUCGUGAUGGGCUGUUCAACUUCAACAUCGAAGAGAAAGACAACAUCGACAAAGAUAUGCAAAACCUAGGUAUUGACGAGAAAACUAGUUUGGUUCCUUCGAGACGCAGAGAAUUCGAGGUUAUUGUUCGCAUCAGCAAGGACGAUCUCAAGACGAGUGCUUCUGUAAGGGCCAGAAUCAUUACGCUACAAAAGAAAAUUCGCAAACUCUCGCGCGGGAGCUCCGAAAAGGUUAAGAUCGGAGUCCAAUUUUACGAGGAUACGUGA